AAGAUUUCUAUAUAUAUGUACAUUUGUAUAUCAAUUCUAAUAUUUAUUGGGGAAAUAAAAUUUUUUUUAAACCUUCGCACUGUAUUUGCAGUUCAAACUAAUUUUUCUCUCUCAUUUUCUACCUUUAUUUAUUUUUAUCGUUCAGCUGAGGGUAAUUACCACACCGCACACGCUAACAACAGUCAGCUACUACAUCCACCGCAUCUCCAUCAUAGUAGCGGUAACAGCGGUGGUGCUGGCAAUAACAAUUUAGUUAAAACGCCGACAGCGACGCCGGCGGCAGCAACUUUGCAAGGUUUCGAUUUCGGCAGCGAGUCGUGCAGUUUGCGGCGAUCGCGCAGCUUGGCCGUAAUUCGUGAAGAGACAUUUAGCGACUUGCAAAUUACAACCGCCAACAAUAGCCGACGAUCGCAGUUGAUACCGCGAGCGCGCAUCGUGAAUCGGGGCUUCAUACGAGAACGCGAGCGAUUAAUCUGCGGCGGCGGCGCCAGCAAGCAUCAUCAUCACCACCAUCAUCACGGUAGCGGCGGCAGCGGCAGCAGCAAUACGAACGUAUGUGAGGAGCUCGACUAUGAGGCACUAAGCGCCGUCGAACAGAAGGUGCAGCGCAACAAUAGCAUCAACGCCGGCAGCAGAGACGCGGGGGAGUUGCAACAGCAGCAGCGCGCUCAUACACACCUACACCGUCAUCAUCACCAUCAUCACGCGAGCGGCAGUGGCAGUGGUAGUGGCAGCGGCGGCGGCGGUGGCGGCAACAACAAUCACGACAACCUUCAAUACCAAAGCACACAGCAGCAGCAACAACAACAGCCGGGCGCACACCCACAAAGCCCAACAACAGCUGUACAGCAGGCGGCGCAACCGCAGUCACGUGAGGCGGACGACUAUUAUGAUAAUCUGAAGCGCUUGGAUGCGCUGACAUUGGGACUUGUUGAACAAUUACACCCUUGGCAUAAUGAGAAAAGCGAUUUGGAGAGUUUGAACUCCGAUUAUUUUAAAAACUCGCUACAUCAGAGUCACGAACUACAGCAGCAGCAGCUGGACUUUGAAGCGCUCGAAGAGGCGGUCAGCUUUUUGGCGAGCGAGAAACCACGCAUAUACCAGUCGCGACGGCAGCAGCGCGUAUUGAGUGCCGCACAGCAGAAGCUACAAAACGCAACCGAUUCCUAUCAGGAGAAUAGUCAGAGUAGCGCAUUUCCUGAGACAACAACCAGCAACUCGGACGAUCAGACGGAUAGUCCGUCACUGUCCGAGCAGGAGUACGAUUUGAAGAAGAUUGAAAAGAUUUAUAAGAAAACCGCAGCACUCGAAGCGGAUGAGGACAGUUAUGAGCUCAUAAGUCUCACGACAACGACACGCACACGCUUGGAGACCACUGAAGACGAAGAGGACGAACACGAGGAUAGCAGUUUUAAUUGCAACGAACAGUCAGCUGACGCAACUGAUUGCCUAGCGGUCGUAGCGGAAAGCGUUGCAAAAUCAAACGAGCACGAACCCAUUAAUGGCGUGUUAAAACGUACGCGCGCCUUAAGCGAAAAUCUCGAGAAACUCAUUGCAUACGACUCGGUUUAUCUGUCGUCCGAGGAGAGUUCUGAAAGUACAUUGAUUGACGAAAAUCACCGCGGGACAUACGAGCGCACAACACAAGUAACGGCACAACUCGCAGAGGACACUGGCGAAACGGCGACAUUGCUGCACUUCUCCAUCGAAGAUAUAAUCUACGAACCGCACAACAAGCAACCGUUUAGUGCCAGUGAGCGCAGGGAAUUUGAUACGGAGCAGCCCGCAGUUGGUGUUGGCUGCACGGCGACCAUAUUGACAGAGACGGAUACGGCGGAAAUUGCCACGCAAACGGCGAAGGAAAAGCAAUUAGUUAGUAUAGUGAAAACAGUAAAUACGAAAAUUGAAAAGAUACCGCUAACGGCGCACAUAUUAGACGAGGAGCAGCAGUGUGCAACGCGCGACUCAACGACAUUGUAUACACAGAUAUUGAAAGUGGGUCAUACGUCCGUACCGUGCGGUGUUACAAAUCCUAGUGAAGCUACGUCAACGUCAAUAACGACAACUACAACGACUGCUAAAGCUUUAGUGACAGCCGCAACCGGCGCACCGGCAACGACUACAGGUAUAGUUAAACCUGCCACAGGCGGCGCUUGCUUAGCCACACAACCCACGGUGGGCAUUACAUCCAGUGCAGCAAGUAAACCGAAAAUCCUGUCAGUGGUCGAGAAGCGUAAGUGGAAGCGCUACAACGACGCUACUACAACCGUCAACUUAGGUGUCAACAACAACGAAGCGGUAGUCCAGCCACGUGGCUGUGGUUUAGAGUCAAACGCCAGCUCAGCUUUACCACCAAUUGAUUACCCACUUACGUCACUGAAGAAGCAUCAGUCAACAAGCGUUGUCGACACACUUACGUCCACACCGUCGUACGCCACACAGCCGAGUGAUAAUCAAUAUCAUAGUCUGCCGGAUGUGAGUAUAGGGCAGAGUCUAAAAGUGUCCGAGUCUAUCGAUGCGAAGCUGAGAUCUUCCUACAACGUACGCAAAGGUGAACUGCACGAGUGUUGCAGACGUGCGGAGAUUGGGCAAACAAGCAGCAACAGCACAAGCGCCAACAACUCCAGCACCGGUAAGGCGACACACCUACUAGAAAACGCGACUAACAAGUGCAAAUUAAAGCAACAACGUGAGGAAGUUGUAACUACUGAAGAAAUUUACGACUCAAUCAAGAGAUUCGGUCGUGCACAUCAGAAGGCAAGACAGAAGGAAUAUCAAGAAUUUCACGAAGUGCAUGUGGAGAAAGAGAAGAAACGCGAGGUGAAGGAGAAGCGUCUCAAAGUGCAUGAUAACGAAGCGACUAAAGCGGAAGUUGUGAUAGAUAUACAUACCACGACGACAUAUCCCGACAGUUUAGCGGAAGAAAUUGACAGCGAACAAGCAGUGGGCGAAGACGCGGCGGGAGCACAAGCGCUUGAAGUGCCACAAAGCGUAGGGGUUGAGGAAAAUACCAGCGUUGAUACUAAUGUAGCAGAUGAUACUGAUAGCAAUAUAACAGUCAACAGUUCACUGGAUACCAGUGCGAGUGAGUAUCAGGAGCAACCAAAGGACGCGCCCGAUGUUGAGGUUGAAAACUUCAGCAAACUAAUUGAGAGGCGCGCAAAAGAAAUCAAAGAGAAAGCUUGCAAACACACUUUAUGUGAGGGGGACGUCAAACGCACGAAGUACAGCACGCCAGUACAACGCAUAGAGACGCAACAUAGAGAAUUAUACACGCAACAAGCUGAUGAUUAUCACGUAAGCGCGGUGACAAGUCAAUUCCGCAUAAUUGUGACGGAUGCGCAAGACAAUAUAAUCGAGGAAGACGCAAUAGAAAACGACGACAGCUUAAAUAGCGCAGAUCAGGCUGAAUUCUCGCCCUCAAAUAAGCCAGCAUACCAAAAGCUUAACCUGGCAACGGAUGUAACGACAAAAAGACAGGAGAAAAAGGAAAAAUCUACAAAAGAUAAAACGACAAUCGUGAGCACGCACACGCGUGUAGCAUCGCUGAAGCGUGUGCCUUCGAAGCCGAAACGUCAGCAACACCACAUAGCACAGCACCAUCAUUGCUGUCAACAGCAACAUAAUAAAGUCAAAAGCAAUAAUAGCAACAAUAUUCAAGCGAGCGCUUGGCGUAGUCAAAACGCUAGCGACACAACAAACGCGCCGAGCAACGGCAACGUCAACAGUAGUGAUAGCGGCAACGGCAGUGGCAGCAUUCACCGCCGCCACGACAGCAACAAUUACUGCGAAUUAUCAAUAAAAUCUAAGGAGCAUCGUGUGCUGAGCACACAGAUCUACAAAGCACGUCCCAUCAAGGUGCUCACAGCGAACGAUUCCUUCCGUCGACGCAGUACUGAGGGCGCUGUAACGGCCGCAGGCAGUAAGAUGUCACGACCACAAAUUUUGCACGUUGUCGACAAUAAACGGCGCGCUGACAUACUUGGCAACGUCAAAAAUGUACGAAACAAUAAUAACAGCAACAAUAAUUUCACUAAGGCCAAACGAACGGAGGAAGACGGCAAAGUAGAGAGUGAAUAUCUUAAAAAGGUCGACGCAGUGCGCAAUUACUGGGCGAAAUUGGCAAAAGAAGGCGAUGAGCAGGCGACGGAAUGCAUGAUCUUAGACAAACAAGUAGGUGGCGUACGCGAAGACGAAGCUAAGGAACGGACUAGUGAGCUUGCAGACUACCAGACGCCGAAAUAUGCAAACAAACAAGAAAAUGUUAAUGAGCAAACGAAAAUGAAGUUGGAAGCGGCGGCACAGCAGUCACAGCAGCCACAAAAACCGCAACCCGAACCACGACAUUUCAUUUUGGGUCCACAAGCACACGCACCAAUACAAACACAGAGUCAAGGCACUUACUCUCAUCAUCAACUAGCUAAGCCGCUUAAGCCUAGCGCCAAUCAAGAUGAAUUCUGCAGUUUUAUGCCUUCUAUCGAGAUCGUGGAACUGGAGGGUGACAAGAAGGCCACCAUAGUUAGUACAGUGCCGCCUGAUUCGGAAGAUGCGGCCGCUUUGGCUAACGAUGCCAACGGUGAACCACAGUUCGAUCACAUACGCUAUAAAGUACUGAAAUCGCAACAACUAUUGCGCAGCAAUAUGGUGCCACGUAGCAAGAAGGAGGCACAAUUCGAUGGGCUGAUACAGUAUUUGCAGGAGUACAGUUUCCAAGAGCUUUUGGCGAACAAUAAUGUCGUGAUUGUGGAACCAGUACGCACGAAAAUCGAACGCCCACUCGCCAUAGCGGCGGCGGCAGCGAACAUGGCGAAUACAAAGAAACCAGCGCGAAAGUCCAAUGAAUGCAGUGGCAAUGCGGCGGCCACAAAUCAAGCACUGGACAAUGGCGAUGACAGUAAAUUGGAGCAGAAACCGAAAGAGCCCUUACCUAAUGGUGGACUAAGCAAUGUACGUAUAACGAAGCCCAAAGAGAAAGUAAGUAAAGAUAUUGGCGAGGCUGGUGAACGAGCUGGUGCCGGUGGUGGUGGUAUUAAGCGUCACUUCUUCUAUCAGCCGGUGCGUGUCAAUCGUGAACUAUACGAGGAGGAGUUACCAAAUCCGGACGUUGUACGUAAUGUGCGCCGCUUCUUUGAGGAGAAUGUGUUGCCCACACCGCGUGGUGGCAUGCAGUUGCUGCAUAGGCCGCCACCCGAAGAGGAUACCUUUGUGGAACGUAGCGCGGCUACCCAACUGCCGAGUCCGCGUGCGAGGCGUACGCGCAAAUAUCGUUAUCUGACUAUAGACACAUCCUACGGACACAUGCCGCCGCAGCAUCAAAGCCAUCAGUCGCAACAACAGCAGCCGCUGUCGAAGCAGCAACCGCAAACUCAGCUUGCCAACAAGAACGGCAGUCCGACCGCACGCAAAUGGGACACGGCUAGCUUAUCGAGCGGUAUCUCCAGCGGUGAUUUGUCGUCACCGUGUGAAUGCAACGAAAUGGAUGCCACGUGCGUCGAGAAGCCAGAGGCCGUCAAUGAGGAGGUGCUAAAGGGCGUACACGUGCAAGCGGUGGUGCAACGACACAAUAACAGGAAUAUGCGACAUACCGCAACGGAGCCUAGUGAUGCCAACGUUAGUAGUGGCGUGCAUGAUUGUAAUGGACUUUUGCAGUUACGGCCACGUCCACGACCACGCAGUUGCACCGUACGUGGCAAUGAGGACGUCACUUACCGUAUCAGCGAUAUUUAUGAGCAACACGCAAGUCAGCAACAACAACGAAAUUUCACAAGAGAUGAUAAAAACAGCCGACUUACCACGGAGACGGCCACUGACGAUGAGGAUGCCGAUGACGAAGACCUUGACGAUGAGGUCUACGAAUCGCAUUAUGUAAGCAAUGAUGUGCUCGAGAAGAUAAGGGAAUGCGGCUCCACAAUCACCUAUUAUGGCGGACGUGUAUUACAAAGUACUUCACCGGAUCCAAUGCAAACUGGCAAUAACAACAACAGCUACAAUAACAAUACACAAGCAAAUACAGCGAACACCAAUACAAUGACACUGACGAGGCGACGUGUGCGACAAAUUGAGAGUAGUAACGCUUGCGAGCCACCAAAGGACCUUGCCGACCAGCAGGCGACAACACAAAAGUUUCCACAGCAAAGUAAUGAAAGCCAUGACAAGAACAAUGGCGUUACAAAGGAGGCGCUACCGGCAGCUGAUGACGGUAACAGAGACAAUUCAUUGGCGCACUUUGGUAUCAAAUUCAAACUUGUCAAAUCGAACAGCUGCAGCAGUCGCCUAGAAUUGGCCGGCACAGGCGUUGAAAUCGUCGAAACGGGUGCGGACGAGACAGAGGUCGUCAAAAAGAUGGUGCAUAGGUUUGAAAGUGGAAAGACAAGACGAGAUGCAGGGCGUGGCGAAGAGCCACUGACGAUUAACAACCAGACGCCAGCCAAAAGAUUGUUAGAUUGUGCUCAAACAACCACUGGCGUUGUGGGUGAUGUGAAGCAAGUAACAGUAAAUAAUCACAUAAAUGUGCCUAUGACUACUUAUACUUUGGAAGCGCCGACGCCGAAUGUUAGACGUGACGACAUCAAAUACACACACGAGGAUAAGGAAAAAACUUAUCAAAGCUCCGCAAUGGACAUACGUUUGAGUCACGUUGACCAGCGUAAGCCCCAGGCGCCUACUGCGGGCGAUGGCCUUGAUGGUGGCGAUGGCACACUGAGAGUAUGGCGUAAUAAGAAUGUCGAUUUGGCUUACACAAUGGCACAAAAACAGCAGCAACAACAAACGCUAACAGCUGGGGAGACCGCCACAAACGCCAAUCGAAAAGCCACGCAAAGUGAGCCAUCACAGUUUGCUAAACAAACUGUCUCAUCAACGAACCCGGCAGCGUCGAAACGGUUCUUAGAAUCCAAUACGCCAUUGAAAAGUCAUAACGAUGACACGUUUAACGGUAUACGGGAGGAAUACGGCGAAUUCCAAGAGAAAAUUAAUUUAAGAAGUGUCGAAUCCAAGCAACAGCAAGCGUGGAAUGGAAAUGACAGUCCGUCAAAUGAAACACUGCACACCUUGAGCACUCAAGUGGAACCCCUAAGAGCUUUGCAGGCAACAACAACGCCCAUACUUGCCCCACGUUCCAACCAACGACCGGCACAGAUUGUGGUACCUGUGGAAAUACACCGCGUAGACCAACAAACACCGGAGCCGCACGGACGUGCAAGUGUGGCCAGCAGCCGCGGCAGCAGUGUAACAACUGUUAUAACAACAAACACAACGGCGCUAUUAGACAAAAGUGUGGUACGCCAUUAUGUAGCUAAUGACAAGAGUCUCUUUGAGAAGCGUAAAUACGAUGAUAUCGAAUUUGAGGAAUUCGAAGUUUACGAUCCGACAAAGGAUUUCGAAAAGUUAAUUGAAAAUGAAAAACGCCGCGAGGAGGCGAAACGCGAGGGACAAUCACAGCCACCGCAACAACAAGAGCAGCAGGCGGAGCAACAGCCUGUCUAUAGCGAUUUGUCUACGACGAUAUCAUUAAAUGGCGCCAACGAUGCGGCCAUGCGCUACGACGAAGACGAGGAUGAAGAAGACGAUGGUCGUAAAUCGAAACUUGGCAGCGAAUGCUACGACUACGACAGCCUCGAGGAUAAGUUGUGAGGUUGUGCGUGCGUCUCUCCUAUUCAUCCUAUAAUAAGUAUAUUUAUGUUAUCCCUUUAGUGGUUAAGUGCUUUAAAUUAAUUUACAUUUGCCGUAAUGCGCAGCGCUAUCUGAGCGUAAUUGACUUCUCCGUCUAAUAGCAUGGAUUGUAUCGGUAAUGUAAAACGACAACGAUAACGGUGUUGGGAAUUUAUCUGUAAAUUACGAGUAUUUCAUAUAAAUAUUGUGCUAUCUGAACGUGUUGCUUGUUGCACUUCGAUUCAUACAUCUAUACAUAUAUAUUUCUUUAUUUAUUAAAAGCAAAUACCAAAAACAAGAAAUUAGUGACUUGCACAGCAGUAAAUGUCCCUUGGCGAUUGCCAUGACAAAUGCCAAAAGUAGUCAUUCCAAAGUUUUAUGCACACUUCGCAAUUAAGAUAAAAUUAUGUACUACAUUGUGUAAUUAAAGCUACAAAUAUAUUAAUAAAAUUAAAGCAAAUAUAUACAGCUACUUUA